UUUUGACAUUGUCAGAUAUAAUAUGAAAUUUUUAAGAGGAAGUACAAAAUUUUUGUGAAAUCAAUUUCAAAGAUGCUUAAAAUUUCUAGUUUGCUAUAAGUUAUAAGUUAUGGCCACCAAAAAUUUUGUAUGGCAAAAAGACGAAGCAAAAUGGACAAAAAUUAUAAUUCCAAGUGGCACAAUAGACCCUAAUCAAUCUACCGUAAUUCAAAUUCCUGAAGAUCUUCAACAUAACGAAGUUAUCAUAGCAAGAAAUACUGCGGGUCAAGGUCAUGAAGGUGAUCAAUAUAACGAACAAUAUAACGACCAACAACAGUUUAGACCAUGUCCUGCAGUAUCAAGGGAGCAGGAAAAUUUUAUGCCUUCUUUUGAGCAAGAACCUCAGGUCAAUUAUGAAAAUGUUCCACCUCAACAGGCUCCAAUGCAAUCACGUCAACAACAAUUUCAGCCUCAGAAUGGCCCAUUAGAACAAGAAGAUCCAGAAUGUGACAAUAUGUUGGAAUUGACCACCGAAAAGGAAGCUGAAAUUAUAUCGCUUAUAAAAGAGACCGAUAGAGAAAGAGGAAGACUUUAUGUGUUACCAAUAAACAAAAAGAUACGUUUGAUGGAACAAAUGGAAUAUAUUGAAACGGGUGUCGUCAGAAGAGAUCUUAAGGAAUUCCAAGAAACGAGAAGAAAAUUAGUUUUUGAUUUACAGAGUCUCCUAUCAACUCUGCCGAAUGUUAGGCAAACCGUCAGAGCUAUUGAUACAAGAGACGUGAAAUAAAUGCAUGAUUGGUAUCUACCACUUGUGAGUACACAAAGUAUUAUAAAUAAUGAAGUCAAUAUAUGCUGUUGAAGUUUUAAUAAAAUGAGUACAAACUGUGUUCGCAAAGUGUAAGUUAAUAAAUGAAUGAUUUGUAAUAAAGAAACUGAAAACAUG